CUGGGGUGGCGGUGAGUUAGGGCAAGAGGUUUCCCGGGCUCCUGGCCUCUUCCUCACUGUCUCUCUUUUGUCCUCAGGCCUCGCCUCUGCUGGGACCUUUAGAGGGCCCUCCAACCUGAAAGCACGCUCGCGGACGCCAUGCGGGGGGCUCUGACGCCCCUGUCUGUGCCACCACCUCUGCUGCUGCUGCUGCUGGUGCUGGGGUNGCUGGUGCUGGGGUGCGGGCCGCGGGCAGCCACCUGCGGCGGGGCCGGCGGGGCGGCGGGCUACGCGCCGGUGAAGUACGUGCAGCCGAUGCACAAAGGACCCGUGGGGCCGCCCUUCCGCGAGGGCAAGGGCCAGUACCUGGAAAUGCCUCUACCGCUGCUGCCGAUGGAUCUGAAAGGAGAGCCCGGCCCCCCUGGGAAACCUGGGCCUCGGGGGCCCCCUGGCCCUCCUGGCUUCCCAGGAAAACCAGGCACUGGAAAGCCAGGGCUUCAUGGGCAGCCUGGCCCUGCUGGUCCCCCUGGCUUCUCCCGGAUGGGCAAGGCUGGUCCCCCAGGGCUCCCGGGCAAGGUUGGACCACCAGGGCAGCCAGGGCUUCGGGGGGAGCCAGGGAUACGAGGGGACCAGGGCCUCCGGGGUCCCCCAGGGCCCCCUGGCCUCCCUGGGCCUUCAGGCAUUGCUGUCCCUGGGAAACCAGGCCCCCAAGGUGUUCCAGGGCCACCAGGCUUUGGGGGGGAGCCAGGGCCCCAGGGAGAGCCUGGGCCCCCAGGUGAUCGAGGCCUCAAGGGGGAUAAUGGGGUGGGCCAGCCAGGGCUGCCCGGAGCCCCAGGGCAGGGGGGUGCCCCUGGACCCCCUGGCCUCCCUGGUCCAGCUGGCUUGGGCAAACCAGGUUUAGAUGGGCUUCCUGGGGCCCCUGGAGAUAAGGGUGAGUCUGGCCCUCCCGGGGUGCCAGGACCCAGGGGGGAGCCAGGGGCAUUGGGCCCAAAAGGGCCCCCUGGGAUGGAUGGUGUGGGGAUUCCAGGCUCAGCAGGGGUGCCAGGGCCACAGGGCCCAGCAGGGGCCAAAGGGGAACCAGGGGUCCGGGGCCCCCCUGGUCUGAUAGGACCCACUGGCUAUGGGAUGCCAGGACUGCCAGGCCCCAAGGGGGACAAGGGCCCAGCUGGGGUCCCAGGGCUCUUGGGGGACAGGGGCGAGCCAGGUGAGGAUGGAGAGCCGGGGGAGCAGGGCCCACAGGGCCUUGGGGGCCCCCCUGGACUUCCAGGGUCUGCAGGGCUCCCUGGAAGACGUGGGCCCCCUGGGCCUAAAGGAGAGGUAGGUCCUGGAGGACCCCCAGGAUUGCCUGGCAUUCGGGGUGACCAGGGGCCUAAUGGCCUGGCUGGGAAACCUGGGCUCCCAGGAGAGAGGGGGCUUCCAGGGGCCCAUGGACCCCCUGGACCAACUGGGCCCAAGGGCGAACAAGGUUUCACAGGUCGCCCUGGGGGUCCAGGGGUGGCAGGAGCCCUGGGACAGAAGGGUGACUUGGGGCUCCCUGGUCAGCCUGGCCUGAGGGGCCCCUCAGGAAUCCCAGGACUCCAAGGUCCAGCUGGUCCUAUCGGGCCACAAGGUCUUCCAGGCCUAAAGGGUGAACCAGGCCUGCCAGGGCCCCCUGGAGAGGGGAAAGUGGGGGAACCUGGUAUGGCUGGGCCUACAGGGCCCCCUGGGGUCCCCGGUUCCCCAGGACUCACAGGCCCUCCGGGGCCUCCGGGGCCUCCUGGCCCCCCUGGCGCCCCUGGGGCCUUUGAUGAGACUGGCAUCGCCGGCCUGCACCUGCCGAAUGGUGGCGUUGAGGGUGCCGUGCUGGGCAAGGGCGGCAAGCCGCAAUUUGGGCUGGGCGAGCUGUCGGCCCACACCACGCCUGCCUUCACCGCUGUGCUCACCUCACCCUUUCCUGCCUCGGGCAUGCCUGUUAAAUUUGACCGGACUCUCUACAACGGCCACAGUGGCUACAACCCAGCUACUGGCAUCUUCACCUGCCCUGUGGGCGGGGUCUACUACUUUGCUUACCACGUGCAUGUCAAGGGCACCAAUGUGUGGGUGGCCCUGUACAAAAACAACGUGCCAGCCACUUACACCUACGACGAGUACAAGAAAGGCUACCUGGAUCAGGCGUCUGGCGGGGCUGUGCUCCAGCUGCGGCCCAACGACCAGGUCUGGGUGCAGAUGCCCUCGGACCAGGCCAAUGGCCUCUACUCCACUGAGUACAUCCACUCCUCCUUUUCAGGGUUCUUGCUCUGCCCCACAUAACCAGCAGGGCCCUGCUGCCCUGGCCUCCUCCUCUUUAGUGGUAGAGAGAACUCAGUUACAAAGAACCUGCAUUUAAAGAAAAAACCAAAGGCUGAACAGAGGUCGCCAUGGCCUUGGCCUUGGCCCGAGGAGACUGACUUGGUUUCUCCCUCCAUGCAGGCUGAGGCUGUUUCUGGAAGAGGCUGGCCUGAGUUCCUCCUCUCCCCCAAGUGUCUGCAGUGUUGGGCUUGUGGCCCCAUUCCUGGCCUGCAGGCAGCAGGCCCCUGCCCCCUGUGAGUCCUGGGCUCUGCUGGGUGGUGAAAUACGCUGCUUCUCUGUGAGUCAGAGCUGAGAGGGGACUGAGCUCCCCCAACCAUCCCCUCGGGGGGACAUAUUCCCAAGCCCUGCCCUUCCUGCUGGCCCCCCAGAUGGUACCUGCUCAAGGAAUGGGGCAUAGCCUCCCUCAAUUCUUGGCUGGGGCUCUUCCAGCUCCCCUAGGACCUCCAGCAUAUGAUGGUGGGUCCCCUGAACAGUUUGUUUCCCUCCAGGGGAAAGGGAGAGGAGGGGGCCAUGUGGACACCAUGCCAGGACUGCAAUCCCAGGGGCGAUGCUGUGGCGUGAGGCAUGUAUAGGUGUGUGGCCCCUUCUGCAGGCUCCUGGGAAGGGCCAUCCCCCUUUCAUGGCCCCUGCUGCAGCCAUGGGGAAUGGUGGUUUGUGAGGGGUGGGGGCAUGGGGCUGGGGCAGGAUGACAGGUCUGCACAUGCAUUUCUAUCUCCUAGGCUGCCCCCACCAGCUCUGGCUCUGUUCAGCAAGAGGGCAGCUGCCCAGGCCCCUAGGGAGGGGCACAGGCAGGCACUAGGCAGGGUCAGCUGUCAGCGAGCAGGAGUAUUCCUCCUUUCACGUCUUGGGAAAAGGGCUGAUUUUCACAUACAAAAUUGUAAGGGAUCCUUGCCACCCCCAACCCAAGUGACCCCACAGCAUAGCCUCCUGUUUAGUCCUCAGAACAAGGUGCACACAAGCUCGGGGAUGAAGGCACCGCCUGCUUUUCCUUAAUAAGAACCACAUGUAUGUGUGCGUCUACUAAAGGGGUUAAUCUGGGGGGGCUUCCUCUCCUCCCACCUCUGGUUCCAAUUUCCUGUUCUAAGCAGGAUUAGGGCCCAGGAGGCUGAGGCUCUGGGAAAAAGGGUGCCAACAAGGCCCCUUUGGAAUGAGUUGGCUCUGGAUGUUUCUGCCAUUUUCCCCAAUCAGAGCUCCUCUGCAGGAAACAGGCAGGAUCCCCCUCCCUCCCUUCAGCCCCUAGUUCAAGCUGAGUGGAUAAAGCUGAGAUUAGUGCUGGGGGCAGGGGUGGUGUAUGCUCUUGCUCAUGCAAGGAUAGCCACUCUCCAGCGGCUUGGGGCCUCUCCUUCAGCCCUCCCCAAUCCAGCCCACCUCCCUGGACCAAGUGUGAGCCUGGGUCAGUGUGCUCUACUUCAGGCCCCACCGGGCCAUCUGUGUUGAAAAUGGAGGGUGGCUGCUGACUUCUGACUCACCGAGCUGAGGUUCCCAUGGGCCCCUCACCAAUCCUCCGCCCCACCAACUUCUCCCGAUAAAGGGAACCAUUUGACUGCUCAUGCUAACUUUCAAAAGGAAAAAUGAAAAUCCAAAUCUGCCCAAAUGAUAUUUUAAGAACAGGUUUUUGCUGGGGUUCAUGGUGGAUUUCUCAUUCCCCGACAACCAAGAGAGCUGUCUCGAACCACACCUGGUGGGCCCUUUGCUCAGCCUCCUUCUGGGUCAAAGCCACCACUGGCUUGUGGGGGAGGGGUUUGAUGAGCGGACACUUAUCAGCUGCCAGUGGGAACCCAGGGCUCUAAGGAGGAGCCAAAAAGGCUGUUUCACUAAACUGAGUUUCUGCUAAAAGUCACUCCUAAACCUUUGAGGGGUGGUUGGUGCUUCGAAAUGUUAUGUUCCAGGUGCUGUCUACUUAACUGACUAGCUUUGAUAAAUGAUGUCAGGUUUUAACAAUGAAAAGUACAUUACCUUGUGCAUUUUUAUAUUCUGAUUCAUUUUUUUUUAAGAUUAAGGUUUAAAUGUUUUCCAUUAGUAAUUUCAUUUCUAACCUGGUAGAAGAAGCUUAGUUCUCUACGUACCUAUUACGUGCCCUGUGUCACAGAUUUGGAAAAAAUGCACUUGGGAAUCAAAGAAAAUGGGACUUCUUUUUGAAAAGAAAAACGGUAUUGACUGUAUUGGCACAGCCUCAAUAAAAUCUGUUGUGUACAACA